AUGGCUUCCAAGAAGCUUUUCCGCAACCAUGCUCUCGGCCUUAUCGAAGUAGCCCUGAAGUGGCUUUCAGCGACAAGCAACAUCUUGAAAGCGGAGGUUGAUGAGAUCAAAGAAACAUUUGAGCAAGUCAAGAAGGUGGCUGCGCGUGACCGCAAGCUACCUGGAGUAGCUAUAAGCGACCUGACACUGGAGGAGGUUGAGAGCAUUUUCUAUAUCAAGAAGUUGACUCCAAAGAACAAGCAACCAGGUGAUAAGUGGGAUUUAGAGCCUUACAACAAUGUGAUUAACGUCCAAUAUCCUGAUGACUUUUUGGAGUUUUUUAUAUUCCUUAACAAGGCCCUUGACUACCUUAAACUGGCCCAUGAGGGCUCCACAAAGGCUGAAGUACUAGUACGCGCACAGCUCAAUGUCAUUCUUGGCUUGGUGCUGGGGUUCACUAAGCAAGACAGUAGGAUUAUACCAUAUCCAGUCUCGUGGGGUUACAAGACCCCAUUUUGGAAAACAGUCCGCAUAAGGUUCCGGGAGAGGUUGCUGCGUGGUCAGCCAGACUAUGCACUGUGGUAUGGGGCGCAGGCGAACCUUGAGACCAACCUGGUUAUUGUGGAAGCCAAGACCCGGGAAGAGCUGGGGAAGAGCUGGGGAAGGGUGAACAACAGUUACUGGGAUAUAUGGGUACGUCUGCUCUAUCACAGUGAAAGCUUUGCUACGGAUAGCCAGACCUUCAACUUCUACCGUAUCAACCAGAGGAGCAAGGUGAGUUAGGAGACACUAAUACAACGCUGCUCAUGAUUUCCCAACACGCCAAUGGCCACGGAUAUUGCGGCACAGGCAGCCAUUGGAAAAGGACCACUACAAGCGAGGGUUCUUUCAUGUCCAUUCGGAGUAAAUGGAGAGCCAAUCUCUAGGCUUCCGAGGUAUCUUCUCGUGGCUGCAGAUUGAGGAUGGCAAGCCUUGCGACGAAGUGUUACUGUGUGGAUAUGUGGAUGGGCGGUGAUUUCAGUAUUAGCCACGCAUCCUCGGACUCCGUAGAUAGUGCAACAAAGAGGGGCGGCGCUUGCUGUAGCCGGUGGGGUGGGUACCUGACCUCAGGCUGGCAAAUCCCCCGAUGCACCUGAAAAAGACUAAUGCGGGGCCGCACUGGCUGAGAUCUCUGCAUUCAAAACCCCCUGAGAAGACAAUACAGCCUGUGCAUUAUCGG